AUGAGGAACCAUACAAGACAGAUACAGUUUAUCCUUCUGGGGUUGACAGAUAAUUCUCAGUUACAAAUUAUAAUUUUCUUAUUUCUUCUUCUAAAUUAUGUGUUGAGUGUGGUAGGGAACUUAACCAUCAUUGCCCUCACUCUGCUGGAUUCCCAUCUCAAGACCCCAAUGUACUUCUUCCUCCGUAAUUUCUCCUUACUUGAAAUUUCAUUCACAACUGCUUGCAUUCCCAGAUUCCUAAACACCAUUGUAACCAGGGAAAAGACAAUUUCCUAUAAUGGUUGUGUAACUCAGCUUUUUUUUUUUUACAUAUUCUUGGGAGGUACGGAAUUUUUUCUUUUGGCUGUUAUGUCCUAUGACCGCUAUGUUGCCACCUGCAAACCUUCGCAAUAUGCAUCCAGCAUGAGCGACAAAGUUUGCCAUCAGCUUGUCCUGAGUUCCUGGCUAACUGGAUUCCUGGUUAUUUUCUCUCCACUGAUACUGGGUCUCAAAUUGGAUUUCUGUGCUUCGAAUGCCAUCGAUCAUUUCAUUUGUGACGUUUCUCCCAUCCUGCAACUGUCUUGCUCAGACACACAUUUACUAGAAUCCACGGCUUUCUUCUUAGCUGUGAUGACACUCAUUGUCACCUUAUUAUUAGUUAUCCUUCCCUACUCUCACAUCAUCAAGACAGUUCUGAAAUUCCCCUCAGCUCAGCAAAAGAAAAAAGCUUUUUCCACAUGUUCUUCCCACGUGAUUGUUGUCUCUCUAACGUAUGGCAGCUGCAUCUUCAUCCUCAUAAAGCCAUCAGCAAAGGAAAGAGUUACUUUAAGCAAAGGAAUAGCUGUGCUCAACACUUCAGUUGCCCCUUUGUUGAACCCAUUCAUUUAUACUCUGAGGAAUCAGCAAGUUAAACAAGUCAGAGCAGUGUUUAGAAAGAUAUUUUCUGCUUCAGAAAAGAAACAUCAUUUAUUGAAAUAG